GUCUGUACCUAUUGCACUCCCAAACCCACUAGAUUGAUAGCUACUCUCUCUCUCUCUCUCUCUCUCUCUCUCUCAUUCGUCGUCUCUUAUUCCGUGGAGAGAGAUAAAGGAGAGAGCCCGAGCGUCAUUUAGAAGGAAGAUAAAGCGAGAGUGAAAAGGUGGAGAGAGAUGGUGAUGUGGGUAUUUGGGUAUGGUUCUCUCAUUUGGAAAGCCGGCUUUAACUACGAUCAGCGCCUCGUUGGGUUCAUCAAAGGCUAUCGUCGUGUCUUCUAUCAAGGUAGUACGGACCACAGAGGAACACCAGAGUAUCCAGGAAGGACAGUGACAUUGGAGCCAGCAGAAGGCGAAGUCUGUUGUGGAGUUGCCUACAAGGUCUCUACAAAGGAAGAUGAAGAAACUGCACUAACGCAUUUAGAAGUGAGGGAGAAGCAGUACGACAAGAAGGCUUAUCUUGAUUUCUUCACUGAACCUACAGCUACAACUCCUGCUGUUUCUGGAAUAAUGGUGUACAUUGCAUCUCCAGACCAGAAGCUCAACAGAAAUUACUUGGGACCUGCUUCAAUUGAGGAUAUUGCCAAACAAAUAAUCCACGCUGAAGGCCCAUCAGGUCCCAACAGAGACUACCUUUUCCAACUUGAAAAGGCUCUUCUUGAAAUGGGUUGUAAAGACAAACAUGUAAUGGAUCUUGCAAAUGAGGUCAGGCGCAUGGUUUCCCUGGGGGAGCUGACUGCUUCAUGAAGUCAUGAACAGGAGGCAAAACGUUUCUAUGAACUGGAGCAGCCUUCACAUUUUUCAACCAAAAGGUUCUAAAAUAUCAUUGGACUUGAUCGAAAAAGACAAGAAAGCCGAGAUGUUAAGAAUUACUCGGACUCGGAGUUUCAUUUUUUUAAGUAAUAACAAUUUUUUAUUAGUAUAGAAGUAUUUUAUUGACAUGUAAUUUUAUAGGUCCCUCUUAUGCUAUCAUCCCUAUCAUAAACACUUCGAUGCCUGUGCUAAGAGUUAACUCCAUUGGACCAUAAGGUGCAUGAACUUUCACCAGAACCGAGGUUGAAUCUGCCUUCAUGAUUUGGUCAUGCAUUACAAUGGCGUUUUGACA